AUGAUGACGCACGUCGUAGUAAGGCUCCUCACGCUUCUCGCUCUCGUCUCAGUAGCCUGCGCCGCUACAUCGGUGGACGGAAAAGCCGAUUUAAAUAAGGCUUUAGCGGCGUUGACGGCGACGGGCAAGUACAACGUGUAUUUGUCGUUCUUCCGAUUAUCUGGUUUACAGCCCGUCCUCGCGCGGUACAUCCAGACGCAGCCCGUAACCAUGCUCGUCCCCAGCGACAAUGCCUUCACCAUCCUCCCCGUACGCGUCAAGGCGCAGCUCUCUGGUUCCAAGCUCGUCCGGCUCCUCAACUACCACAUGAUUAUUCAGCAGCUUCCCUUCAGCUCCCUCAAGAAGUUACCGCCCGAUUCGAAGCUCCCCACCAUAUACGGUGUACAGAUCGUGAAGCAGAAAACGACAAUCAGCACCGUGACGCUCGGGCCUCCUGGCGCAACGACGUCGCAGAUGGCAGUGGUAACCCGAAGCGACAUCGCGGCGUCGUCGCUCACGCUGAUUUGGGUCCACGGCAUUAACAACGUCAUCAUCCCUCCCGGCUUGUUCUAA